AUGGCAGAAAAGGAAGGAGCAAUUGUCAAAAAGGGACAUGAGGAAGGUUUGAAAAUGGCAGUUUCCCUACUCGAAGAAUUCGGACUCCCAAUGGGGCUCCUCCCUCUUGCUGAUGUGAUCGAAGUGGGAUUCGUGAAGAACACAGGCUACAUGUGGAUCCAGCAAAAUAAAAAAAUUGAACACAAGUUCAAAAUGAUCAGUAAAAUGGUAAGUUAUGACACUGAAAUAAAUGGAUAUAUUGACAAGAAAAGAAUCAAGAAGCUCAAGGGAGUGAAAGCUAAGGAAUUGAUGUUAUGGCCUCCAGUUAAUGAGAUGACUGUAGAUGAUCCUCCCACUGGCAAGAUUCAAUUCAAGAGUCUGGCUGGCAUCACCAAAACAUUCCCAGUUGAAGCUUUUGCUGCUGGCCAGUAA